UGUCCUUAUGUUGUCUAUGUUUAUUAUGCGCUGAUGGUGCAACCUUCAGGUGCGGUUCAAUGUUUCUUCUGAUUGUUUCCCGCUACCAGAAAGCAUUUUCAAAAAGGCAAUCAAGGACAAUUACAAUGAGAAGAACAAGUUCAAAACAGAACUUACUGCUCGACAAGUUAGGAAGCUCACUGAACUUUUCCGACCAGUUGACGUUCGUUCAGGUUUGCCACCUGUUCGCACUCCUCCAAAAGCAAUAAUUCAUGAUAGGGAUGCUCUUGAUGGUGGUAGGGGAUCGUGGUCCCAUUUGCACAGGGAAAGAGAUCCCCAAAUCGAACGGCGAGAGGAAAUUCCUCAUGAUUUAUUUCUUACUGAGAAGAGCUACCGAGCUUAUGGUCUCCAAGGAGAUAGAAGGAAUGUGAUUCCAGCCUCUCAGGUUAAUCCUAUGUUGGAUCCUUAUGAGAGGGAUUAUGAAAGACAGCACCUUCAUCCUGUGGACCCUGUCUACCGUAAUAAUGUCCCUGCACACACAGAAAGUCUUCAUGCUGGUCCUCGUCAUCUGAAUGAGAGCGAACACCAGGCCUAUUUGCAUGGUGGAGUUUCUGAACAUGCAGACGAUCCUUAUCACCGGUAUCGCUAUGGUGCUUCACCAAGGGAUCCAUAUUUUCCAUCUAGGAGUAGAGAGGAAAUCUCUUCAAGGUCUUAUUUGGCUGGGGGAAGAACUUUGAUUGGAAGUGAUUCCUUGCAAAGGAGAGAGGCUGUUCAGGAUAGGCUUUACUCAACAUAUUCUGCGGCUGAUGCUUUGUCUGAAUACAAUCGGAUGCAACACUACCAAGAGAGCUUGGAAGCAACAGCUGUACCAGUUUCAUCCCGUUACUCUUUUGCUGGUCCUUCAUAUUCACUUCGCUAAAUCAAACAAGCACUUUUGAAAACCCUCUUGUCAUGUCUUCCUUAAGAUUAUCUUCUAUUGUGGACAUUAAAGAACUGUAUGAAUCCAACUUGAGUUUUUUCUUAGGCCUCACUCUGAACUGGGAAAACAUUUGUUCAUUGUGUCUGAGAUUAGAUGUGCAAAAUACCAUUGAUAAUGACAAUUGACCUUGCAGACACUAGUAGCUUUGCAACUUUCAAAAUUUGUGGUUUAUAGUUAAUUGGCUUGUGCUGUUUUAACAGAUAAGAACAUAAACCAGCAACGUUUCAAUCGA